AGAGGCGGAAUCCUUAUGGGUGGAGCUAAGAAAUAGCAAGGGUAAAAGGACAAUAGUAGCAGUCAUAUAUAGGCCCCCUAAUAGCAGUCAGGAAGUGGACGAUAAGUUGCAGUUUGAAAUAGAAAAAGCGUGCCAGAGUGACAAUGUGAAGAUAAUUAUGGGGGAUUUUAACAUGAAGGUGGACUGGGAAAUCCAGCAAGGCAGUAGAACUCGGGAGAGUGAGUUUGUGGAAUGUCUACGGGAUGGUUUUUUGGAGCAACUUAUUGAUGAACCCACCAGGGGAUCAGCUGUUUUGGAUUGGGUGCUGUGUAAUGAACCAGAGGUGAUUAGGGAACUAAAGUGGAACAAAGGAAAUUACAGUGGCAUGAGAGAGGAGCUGGCCCAAAUUGAUUGGAAGAUUAAGCUAGCUGGAGGGACGGCGGAGCAGAAAUGGAAGGAAUUUCUACCAGAAAUAAGGAAAAUGCAGCUGGUGGGCAGAGAAAUGUUGCUCCACUUAGUUGAACAUCUUGUUGAAGAGUAUGGAAAGGAUUCCACCAUAACUCAGAUAAUAAGUAGUACCCGGAUUCACAUCAUGCCAUCCAUGAAUCCAGAUGGAUAUGCAAUGGCUGAACUUGAAGAAUACUGCAUGCCCACUAAAGGCAGAUACAACAAAGCAGGCAUUGAUCUGAACAGAAACUUUCCUGAUGUUCCUGUAUGGGACACAUCACCACCAUCAUCAUCAUCGCAACCAGAAACGGAAGCAGUAAUGAACUGGAUAUUGAAUGAAACUUUUGUUCUGUCCUUAAGUUUGCAUGGAGGUGCUGUUGUAGCCAGCUACCCAUAUGACAGCAGAAAGGAAGACUCCAAGUCCAGAGGGUACAGCAAAUGCCCUGAUGAUGAUGUCUUCAUGUACCUCGCAAAGAACUUCUCUUACAACCAUGCAACAAUGUACUUCGGAAAUGAAUGUGAAACUACCCCAUAUUUCAAGGAUGGGAUUACCAAUGGAGCUGACUGGUAUCCUUUUAGAGGUGGAAUGCAAGACUUCAACUACAUUCAGGGACAAUGCUUUGAACUAACUGUGGAGCUGUCGUGUUGUAAAAACCCACCAUCAUACACACUGGAGAACUUCUGGAAUGAAAGUCAGAUCUCCCUGAUUAAUUUCUUCAAACUCGUUCAUUUAGGUGUGAAAGGACAAGUCCUAGAUCAUGAUGGUAAACCCAUUAAAUAUGCAACUGUAAAGGUUCAAGACAGGGAAAACAUAAUUCCUUUUCAAACUAAUCAACAUGGAGAAUACUAUAGGCUUCUGUUACCUGGAACAUACAAGCUGGAGGUCAGUGCAACGGGAUUUCAAACAAAAACAUUUCCACUGGAAAUUCUCGAUAACGUGUCAAAUUUCUCUGCUCUUGUCUCUGACCUUCGGUUGUCCAACAACGUUCUAGGGUCGGAAGCUGGUCAACAUAGUGGCAUAGCUAGCAUAGUACAAGAGAACACCAUUCUGUUAACCUCUGUGUUUUUCUCAGUUUUAUUCAGUUUUAAUUCAUUGGAUAGAUAUGUUUCAAUGCUAUAAAUAUAACCUGCAACUAAAUUCAUUUACAUGAAACCCAAUCAGAAUAUCAUAUCCUGCUAAUUAUACCUCUUAACAUGACAAUCAUGAUGACAAAAAUGUUAAUGUUUUAAUUUUAAUCAAGCUUCAACCAAAUUUCACCGAAAGAAUUAAAUGUAUGCAUUGACACAAUAAUACCACAUAUUUAUCAUGGUGGUAUAAAUUAAAUUCUAUUGAUUACAUGAUCAGACACCUUUAAAGGAAGGACUCUCAGCCACCUAUCUCUGCCUUUGCAUUGUCAAGGUUAAAGAAAAACCAUGGAAGUAAUGUACAUAAAUGUCUGAGACUAAAGCUAUGUUAUACUUUACUAAUAGUCUUCAAAUUAUUGUGUGGGCAUUGAAGACAAAGGAGACUGCAGAUACUGGAAUCUAGAACAAAAACAGAACACUGGAAGAACAUAACAGGUCAGCAGGACCUGAUGCAGGGUCUUAAUCUGAAACAUUGACUUAUUACACCUCUUGCCUCCACAGAUGCUACUUAACUAGCUGAGUUCUUCUAACGGUAUUUCUCAGUUUAUGAACAUCUGAUUUACAAAUAUUUCCAUUUGCAAAAAUGUUGAUUCCUUUGACUCUGCAUCCCUGACUUGCAGGGCUUUGUUCAAAAUAAAAAGGUGUGCCAAUUUCUGCUCAUGAUGCAUUUUGUGAAGCGUUUCCUCCCAAGUAUUUCAUGAAUAUUGCAGAACUUUGAGAAUUGCACCUAAUCUAAAACAAAAAUCACAGGAAGCUAGAACUAUUAAUACUAAGCUGGAUGUAAUUGGUAGAAGUGGAAAAAGGUGCAUUUGGUGGACAUCAGCUGUUUGUUGAAUCCUGCAGUACAGAUGGUGCAAACAACUUGUAACAAAACAGACAAAAAAAAGAUAGUGCCCAAAAUCUUAUCCCUGGAUGUGCAGUGAGUAUUACAAAAGGCAGAAUGGAAAAGGGUUAAUCAUUAGAAGAUUCAAAUCAAUUGCAUGUGUCCCUGAGUUUGGUGAUGAUGCAGGUUAAAAUGAAACUGUUAUGGGAAGGCUUAAAAGGAUGUAAAGGGGCGAUGGAUCUUCUGAAAGCACUAGUACAUUCAAAUCCAGCCAUGAUUGGUGCAAGGAUUUCAAGAAAUGUGCAAACCUGUAUAACAUUUGUUUUGUUGGGGGAGGCAACAAAAUUUUCCAAAAAACCUGAAACGAAUCAUUGAGGGAAGAGACUAUUCUCUGUGCCAAUAGGAUAGGGCUCCCUUGGAAGAGGAGACCCCUCACUAAUGUUCAUCCCCGGGGAUGACAAAACUGCUCCAGGUUUUAAGAUAGCCAAAGAUUGCCUUCUUCUUCUUAGAGGCAAUACAGAGGAUUACUGUAAACUUAAACCUCUGCCAUGUGGAGAAUCUGAGGGUUCUAAAGACCAAUAUUCCAGUGGUAGGGUUAUCUGACAAAAUACCUGGGUAAUGGUAUGGCUCUUUGAGAUUACAUUAUGCCUUUUCUCUCCCUCUUCAUUGAACAAUAUUUUGCAAGGAAUAAUCUGGACAGCAAAGCCUUGUUAUCAAUGCUUCUAGAUAUCCAGUUAACUUCAAGAUGAUGGCUGACAACAUCCAGCUAGAUUUUUUGCCCCCACACACCACUUGAUUGUUGCAAACUAUGGACCAAGGUGCUAUUACAAUAUUGAAUGGUCACUAUCUGCAGCGCAUGUCAUUUUGGAGUCCAACACCAAUGACAAACCAAUCAGUCCAGAAAUUUGAAAAAGGUAGAAAAUCAAGAUAGCCAUAGACUACAUCACUAUCUCUUGGGCUAAUGUAACCCAUGCAACAGUGACUGCUGUAUGGAAGACAUUUUGGCCAGAGUGUGUGCAUCACUCCCAUGAAUUUACAAAGCUAAAAGUUAUCUGAAAUGAUAUUGUCAUGUUGGCAAAUGAGGUGAAGUUUGAUGAAGUGGACCCAGAUGAGGUAGGAGAAUUACUAGAAUCACAUGAUAAUGAACUUACAAACGAGAAUAUGAAGCAGCUUAAUCAACAGAGGUCAUAAGGGAAAUAAAAUACCACCAACAUAACCCCCACAGCCAUCAAAACAGUUCACUAGUAGUAGCAUCCUUCCACAUCAAGCAAGCAAUAGCCAUCACUAAAGGUGACAAUAGGGAGCACAGCAUUAAUUGAUAUUGCAAUGAUAGAAAAUGUCAUGGUUUUUUGUUUACAAGGAAAUAGAGUUCUCCAGAUUUCCAUCGAUACCUUGUUCAUCAGCACCCAGGAACAAGCCAUGGGGAUUAACUCUUGCUAUCAAGAAGCAAACUCCAUCAAACUUGACUUCACCACUAUCAUCAUUCAACCUCCAAUGACAACUUUGUCCUUCCUCUCCCCUAGCACCUCCUUGAUGUGCAAAACCACCACUACCACUUACAUAUGAAGAUACGAUUCAGAAUGGGAGUAGAUCACUUGGCCCCACAAUCCUGCUUCAUCGUUCAGUAAGAUCAUGGCUGAUCCAAUUGCAACCUCAUCUCCACAUUUGUACCUAGUCACGGUAACCUUUCACUCCCUUAUCAAGAAUCUGGCCAAAAUUACUUCCACACAUCAUCCAUUGUUGCAUGGUUUACAUUAUCCAUAAGAUGAUUCUGCUUCCACUGGCAUUUGAGGAAGAGUGUUCCAAAAACUCGUGACAGUCCAAGAGGUUUUUUUUUGCCUUAAAUGAGACACUGACCCCUUUUCUACAGGAAGAUGUGUCUGUACUGCCAACACCCUUCAGAUCUUGAAAAUAAUAUAACUGCAGAUGCCAGAAAUCUGAAAUAGAAACAGAUAUGGUGGAAACUGUCAGCAGGUCAGGCAACAUCUGUGGAAAGAGAAACAGAGAUGACGUUUAGUCACACCUGGGAAAGAGCGAAACCAAGUUAGCUCUAAGUUACAGGAAGGGGGGGGGGGGGAGGAAAGAGGGGUGAAUGGAAGUGGAUAGGACAAAGGAAAUAUCUGUAGUAGGGUAAUUGGGAACACAUACACUCACAUGACCAUACAUUUUUUCCCUCCACCUUUCCCAUCCUUUUCCCCAACCCCCACACCUGGUUUCAUCUGCCCAUCACCCCCUCCCCAUCUUGUUCUACUUAUCACCUAACAGUCUCUAUCUUACCCAUCCCUUGGAGUGUUGUAUACCAGCAAUUUUUCCUCUCCCUCUCAGUCCUGAUGCAGGGUCUUGACCUGAAACAUCAACUUACACCAUUCACCUCUGCAGAUGCUGCUUGACCCACCUAGAUCUUCCAGCACUCAGUUUUAUGUUCCUUGUGUAUUUCACUGGUUCCCCGAAAGCUACAUUAUGUACGUUAUCUUAAUUUAAAAUGUUAUUGUUAAUAAAGCAAUAAAAUACUUGUAUUGAUGUA